GGUGAGAAGUCGGUGGGUAUCAUCAUCUUCGUCCUCUCUUCCUGUUGUUCGCAUAUAUAUACACAAUUUUACCCUAGACGUAGGGGAAUUUAGAGAGAGAAAUUUGAGAGAGAGAUAGAGAGAGAAAACGUUGCUUGAUUGAUCAAUCGAUCUAUGCUAUCGACGAACAUUCACCGUUGCCGGUUUGAUUUUCUCCGUCCGACUUAGAUUAUGAGCUGGUUUGACAAACUCCGGGGUUCUAAUUUUAGCCGCUUUAUUGCCGGCCUUUUGAUUUUUAUUCUCUAUCAUUCUUUUCAGUUGGUCUCUAAUUUCCCUAAUCCUAUACACCCUUCAAUUUCGAUUUAAACUUGUAACCCAUCUCUUGUAAUUCGUCCCCUUCCUCAAUCCGCUGCGUUUUGGUGUUUCUUUUCUCGAUCUUGUUUUUAUUGAAUUAGUUCUUGAUGGAGUUCAAAGAUUCGAUAUCUGACGCUUUUGCAUCGUGUAUUGAGAGGCAACAGAGUUCAAAACCUUCUGUCAUCGUGAUAGGAAGUGGUAUUUCGGGGAUAGCCGCUGCUCAUAUACUCAAUAAUGCUGAUUUUGAGGUAGUGUUAUUGGAAUCACGGGAUAGAAUUGGUGGCCGCAUUCACACUAAUUACUCAUUCGGUUGUCCAGUGGAUAUGGGAGCAUCAUGGUUACAUGGUGUCUGCAAUGAAAAUCCUUUGGCCCCAUUGAUACGUCAUUUAGGCCUUGCAUUAUAUCGGACAAGUGGUGACAAUUCAGUGCUCUAUGACCAUGAUUUGGAGAGCUACAUGCUUUUUGAUAAGGAAGGUCAUCAGGUUCCUCAACAGAUAGUCAUUGAAGUUGGAGAAGCAUUCAAGAAAAUUCUCAAGGAGACUGAAAAGGUGAGGGAUGAAAAUCAUCAUGAUCUUUCCGUUCUUCAGGCAAUAUCGGUUGUAUUGGAAAGGCAUCAAGAAUUAAGACAAGAGGGUCUUGCUUAUGAAGUGCUGCAGUGGUACAUAUGUAGAAUGGAAGCUUGGUUUGCUGCAGAUUUAGAUAUGAUAUCUCUAAAGAACUGGGAUGAGGAAAAUGUUCUCACUGGUGGGCAUGGACUUAUGGUUGAGGGUUAUUAUCCUGUUCUUAAGGCUCUGUCAAAGGACAUUGAUAUCCGUUUAAAUCACAGGGUUACAAGGAUAUCGAAUGGGCCUAAUGAGGUGAUGGUUACAAUAGAGGGUGGAAGAAAAUUUGUUGCAGAUGCUGCCAUUAUUACGGUUCCUAUUGGGGUAUUAAAGGCCAACUUAAUUGAGUUUGAGCCUAAGUUACCAGAGUGGAAAGUUUCUGCUAUAUCAGAUCUUGGCAUGGGCAAUGAAAAUAAGAUUGCCUUACGUUUUGAUAACGUGUUUUGGCCAAACGUUGAAUUGUUGGGCACGGUUGCUCCAACUUCAUAUUCUUGUGGCUAUUUUCUAAAUCUACACAAGGCAACAGGCCAUCCUGUUCUUGUCUACAUGGCCGCUGGAAGAUUUGCUUAUGACCUUGAGAAGCUAUCUGAGGAAGCUGCUGCUAAUUUUGCAAUGUUGCAGCUCAAAAAAAUGUUUCCAGAAGCAACCGAGCCUGUUCAGUAUCUUGUAUCGAAAUGGGGAACAGACCCCAACUCCCUUGGAUGCUACUCGUAUGAUGUGGUAGGAAAACCAACGGAUAUAUACGACAGGCUUCGCGCUCCUUUGGGCAAUCUCUUCUUUGGAGGUGAAGCUGUUAGCAUGGAGAACCAAGGAUCUGUGCAUGGAGCUUACUCAUCUGGAGUUACAGCUGCUGAAAACUGUCGUAAGCUUCUUAUGGAGAAACGUGGCUUCCUGGAGAAGUUCCAAAUUCUGUCGAUUAGCGAUGAUGCGAUUCUUGAAGCUGCGUUUCCGCUCCAAAUCUCGAGGAUGUGAAGAGAAAAAUAAUCGUUUGUACUGUUCCUGGAUUAAAAACAUUUGAAUUUCAUGUACUUGCAAAAUUUAAUUUUAAAGUUUGCAGAUCCUUGCAAAUUUUGGUUCAGCUGAAAAUUGGCUUAUUGUUCUCGAUUUGUAGAUGUAUAUGAAAAGAUAGGACCAAAUUUUGGGC